CGUACGUGGCCCCUAUUUAUGCGCCCCGUCUCAUGCAGCGCAUGGGCUGGGCUGGGUUGAACCGGUGGCACUGGUGCAUUUACACAUCUCCCAUCUCAUCUCAUCGGCGGUCGUCGUCGUCAUCCGGAGGCGCGAGAAAGAUCAGAGGAAGAAGCCACGUGAGGUCCGGCGAUGGAGAAUUCGUGGGACGAGGAAGGGCGGCGGCUGGCGGCGGCGCGGGUGGUGCACAGCCAGGUGAGGAAGAUCAAGGAGGAGGAGGGCGACAAGGUGAAGGUGGACGACACGUACCAGCAGCAGCAGCAGCUGGCCGAGAUGCGCCUCGUCCUCCGGGACCUCGGCCGGCACCGCUCGCGCUCGCCGCUCGGCCGGGUCGGCCGCCCCGCCAUCUCCAUCGGCGGCGACUCCUAGUCCUAGGGCCGCCCCCCCUUUUUUUUAUUUUCUAGCUGGGUCGUCGUCGUCGUCCCCUCGGGCUCUCUCGUCGUGUAUUAGGAUUUUUCUUUCUUUUACUUUUUCUUUGGUGACCCUGCCCAUCUGUGGAUGGGGCAGAAGAUCGUCUUCUGCUGGUGAUUAGGGCGUCCUUCCAUGAUGGUUCUGUAAAUACUUCAUACUCCUAUGUGUGAGUUGUCAGUCUCUUCCCCUUUCCAGUUUAGGAAACAAAACAGGAGUUUUUGGA